UGUAUUGUUAAAAAUAUUGCUACUUUUACUGUCGUUUAUCUCUUUCUUAUUUACGUGUAACGAGCGAGAUUUAAAUAUCUAAAAUGUUAAUUACACGUUUCGCGUCUUAGAUCAUAUUGAAUAGGUCACCGUAGUGCCUCCCACCAAGGAAUGUAAUAAAUAUUUUUCCAUUUUUUCGUUUUCCCUUAACACUUUAUAGGUUUGUGUGUGAUUUUACUAAACAUUACCAUUCAAGAUGAUGAACCAGUAUAUAAAAGAGUUAGAACAAGAGCCAUUUGAUCCAGACGAGUUUGUAGAAAGAAUGGUGAGACGGAGCAUGCAGGAGUCGAGACUCAAGGACGAUGAAUUUGACCCAGAAAUGAUACAUGACAUAUUCACUCAGGCAAUACAGGAUUUAAAGGUGCUGCAAGAAAGGCAAGAGAGGAAGUGUGCAAGAUUAGAGCAGUCCGUGCAGGAAGAGGAGAAGUUAUAUGGAGCCAAACUAGCAGAGAUCAUGGAACAGCACACUCACUGCGUGAACGUGUUCAGCUCGCUCGACGAGCGCAUGUCCCGCUGCGGCGGGCGAGCCCUAGACGUAGGCGAGAAGCUCGGCGCCGCCCGAGCGCCGCGCGCCCGCGCCGCCGCCGCCCGGGACCUGCUGGCCCAUCUAGCACACUUCCUCAGCCCUGGACCGGUGCAUACUGAACUAUUCAACGACCCAAGCAAGCUAAACGACGCAGCCGACGUCAUCCAAAAACUCCACACCAUCGCCCAGGAACUACCCCCUGACAAAUUCGAAGUGGCCAAGAAGAAAAUCGAAGCCAAAUACGACGAGAUCGAACGGAACCUCAUAGAGGAGUUCGUGAAAGCGCAGAACCAAGGCGACAUGGCGAAGAUGAAGGAUAUCGCUAACAUAAUGACUAACUUUAAAGGUUAUUCGCAGUGUGUCGACGCCUUUAUAGAGACCAGUCAAAUGAACACCCUGAUGGGCAAGGAUAUCUUCUCUUCUGUCCUACCUCUCUGCAAGAAGAACUACAAUAUCAUCAGCGUGGUAUUCUCCAACCCGGAGCAGGUGAUGAGCAAGUUCGUGCUCAACAUUUUCCACCUGAAGCUGCAGAAGUACAUUCAGACCAAGCUCGCGGAUAAGAACGACGUCGAGAAAUACCUGAGGAAUCUUUAUGAUAUGUACACAAGCACCCAACGAGCGUGCGACGACUUAGUAUCAGCUGGUUUUAUAUCCGACUCGGGCAACACUUCCCCCGGGUCUCUCCGGCGCUCGGCGCUGGUGAACGGCGCGCUAGCGGGCGCCGCCGACGGAUACGCCGCGCUCGAGUGUCGCCGCCUCCGCGCGCUGCUCGCCAGCCUGCUGCACGCCUACUACAGCGACAAGGGCCAUGUGAAGCGGCAGAUACAGGGCACGGGAUUCCAGGAACUUCGUCGCGAUUUGCAAGCCGUGAUCGGGACCCGUGCGAACAUCAACAUCGCUCAGAUCGAGAAUUACGGCGGCGAGACGUUCCUGAGCGAGUCGCUCGUCAGCAGGAUGCUGAGCGAAGCGAAGACGUCCUUCACUAGGUGCAAGACUCUAUGCACUCCCAACGAGCUGCCAGGCACCACGACCGCUCUCUUGGACGUGCUUAUCCAACACUUGUUGGUGGAGCACGUGGACUAUGCGCUAGACCUCGGCCUGCAGUCCAUACCCAUCGCCGAGAGCAAGUCCCCGCCACAGAUUUACUUCUUUGACACGGUGAAGGAAUGUAACAAGAUUGUGAAAAUGUUUGAAGAACAUUUCCAAGAAUCCGUGCUGCCUUGUAUGAGCUCCACAGCCAAACAGACCGAGUGUGUGAACAAGAAGACCACUAUAAUGGAGCAGUUGGAAGCCAAACUGGACGCGGGGCUCGAGCGAGCUAUAUCGGCCAUCGUUGGCUGGGUGAAGUUGCAUCUACAGACCGAACAGAAGAAGUCAGACUUUAAACCUGAAGGGGACGUGGAUACCUUGGCGUCGCCCGCUUGUCAAUCCGUGGUGUCGUACCUAAACAACGUUAUGGAGAAGAUCCACUCCGGCCUGGAGGGCGACAACCUGCAAGCGGUGACCUUGGAGCUGGCCAUCCGUCUCCACAGGGUCAUUUACGAGCAUUUGCAGAAUUUCCAGUUCAACUUCGCAGGGGCCAUGGUAGCGAUCUGCGACGUGAAGGAAUACCGCUCGGCGGCGUGCGGGCGGGGCGCGUGCGCCGCGCCGCCGCCCGCGCACGCGCUGUUCGACGCGCUGCACGCGCUCUGCAACCUGCUGCUCGCCAAGCCCGAGAACCUGCACCAGGUGUGCGAGGGAGAGACUCUCGCGGAGUUGGACCACUCGAUCCUGCUCAACUUCAUCCAGCUGCGGGCGGACUACAAGAGCCACAAGCUCUCGAGCUUCCUCAAGGGACUGUCGUAACUUUGUUCAAGCUAGUAGGGUAAGAUCGGGAAACGGAGCCACAUUUUACGUAGCUGGGUCAAACAGAUCACUGUGUUACGUUCUUUCCUGUAGACAUACCCAAGAGUUAAGGGCUAUAAAGAUUAAUUUUCUUAUUUAACCCUUAUCCACGUAAAAAGGUCCUCCUUUUAUUUAUAGAACUAUGAUAAAAUCAUUACUUACAUGCCCACAAGCUGUUAACUAUUGCCCACAGGAGAGAAAACUAGCGUGUUCGCGCGAACUGUACAUUUUUCUCUCCUGUGACUCCUGUUUGACCCAGCUACGUUUUUUGUUCAAACUUUUAGCCCUGUGUAAUAUGGUCCGCCUUGAGUAUUAUCGGGUUCUUUAGUAUAUUUACAUUAAUUUUAAUUAUGCGUACAUUUAAUGUAUGUUAUAUUUUUCUACCCAAUACUGGAGACGUGUUCAAUAAUUUUUACUUCAGUUUAUCUUGGCACAAGUACAGAGUGCUUACAAUGUAUAAAAUUAGACAUUAUAUCGUAACCAUCACUCGUUUAUUAAAGUCAGAAGUGGAUAAGAAUGAUUUUAAAUGGUACCUAAGUCAAUAAGAAGUAUUUGACACAAUUAUAUUAUAGUUUUUAUAUAACCCAUGCCCACCCUACUUCUAGAGACAAGUAAAUAAUAACGACUGUUAAAUCUUUGUACUAAGUAGCCUCUUAAGCGGUUACAUUCAUAGAAAUAAGAGCGCUACACCAUCUUUUGACUUCUAAGAGCCUUUUAAUGAAAGAGGAACCCUUAAUUUUUUGUCACGUCGAUGGCAUACAAGCUACGAGGUUACGAUUCGCUUGAUUGUAUACGCAGUUACCGUUGCUCAUUAGCGGAGAAAACCCAAUACUAUUUAUUUAUUCUGUGCCGUGUGCCGCGCACAUGCCCGGUAAAGAUGGUGUUGACGUCGCUAGUUUAUUACUACGCCUGAAAACUUCCAACAUCUACUUUUUUAUCUGCUGCUGGUUACCAGACUAUAUUAUAUUAUUUGUCUUUACGACAGGUGUCAUUGAACAUUAAUUGGGUGCAAUGACCGCAUUUUUUUAUAUGUUUGCUAUGUUUAUUUUACAUCAAAGAAAAAACUGUCCACCGAUCUGAGCCCGUCGUAAGAUAACAUUAUUUUUUAUUAUGUUACUCAUAUUAUUUACAUAAUUGUUAUAGCUUGUUUAUAAGUAGAUAAGAGUAUUAAAUUAUUAUUGUCUAGCAAU